UUUCUGACUCUAUAGACAGAACUAUAUGAGAGCUGGAGAAACCAGUUCUAUGUUGGACAGACACAGCCAAUGGCAGAGAAUCAUCAAGAAAACUUAAUUGCUGGCCUAAUGUUUGUGCAAUAUGUGAAAGACAAAAUGCAAGAGGAGGGUCUAACUAUACCGCAUUCUCAAUGUUUGAAUGUGGAUUUACCACUAGGCAUCCAGGAGACUUACAAAAAUCUCAAGCAAUUUUUAGAUUCAUCAACAUCUACAGCGUAUGAUAUAAUGACAGUAGCCAUGGAGGAUGACCCAAUGGAUCAAAAACUAAUCAUGCAGCAAACGAUUCAAACAUUAUUGAACACGUCCGAUAAAACUCUACUCAUCGCACGUAUUUGUGUGGUAUUUCACUACUACUACUGUAAUGUAAUGAGGAUAAUGAACAUAGGUACUGGGGAGCUCGAUAACUUUUUAUGCCUGUGCUCAGAGGUUUUCUCUGUGGAAGUUGAUAAGAAAGUUUCAAGUAUUGGGGGAUGGGAGACUUUUCGACCUUACCAAUCGACUACAACACGAAUGCAAGAUGCCUAUAGACGAUGUUGCACAUGGACCAAAAAUAAGCUACAUUUAAACAAGGAUGUUUAAUUUGAUAGUCUACUUUACACUUCAUCAUGUAUAUGUAUAUGUUUAUACCACCGUCCCUAAAUGCGACAUGGCGAAACAUCGGAUGAAGUCUACUACAUCUUGCUUAUACGCCGUCGGCUCGUAUACUGAACACAGAAGUUUAUACAAGUAGAAUGUUGCAUGGUCAUCUUCCUCUUUAAUCUACAAUUUGAAAUAAAGUCAUUGGUGGUUUUGGUCAGUAACAUCAGAAAUAUAAUGUUUGAUUAAAUAAUUAAUUUUAAACACUAGCAUAUUCAUGACGUAGGCCUAAUUGUAAUUUUGUUUUAAUAAAACAC